ACACGAAAUGUGUACAAGUUACGUGCCAAAUCCUCUUUUGUCUAUCGAUUAGCAUCUACACACAUUUUCCCUCUCUCUUAUCUCUUGGCCAAUAUAAACACACACAGAGAGUCAAAAUUAAGGGAGUGCUGGGUUUGUCACUUGUUCUGCUCAAGAUGGGGAAUGUGAACAGAGAUGGCGAUAUCGAUCAGCCUUUAUUGCAACAAUCAUCAUCGAUUGAUUACGUUGAUAUUGAUCAAGAAAACAAGGAUUUUGGAUCAAAGCUCUGGAUUGAAACGAAGAAGCUAUGGCACAUCGUAGGACCUUCCAUUUUCAGCCGGAUAGCCUCUUUCUCUAUGAACAUAAUCACUCAAGCCUUCGCCGGACAUCUUGGCGAUGUUCAGCUCGCUUCCAUCUCCAUCGCCAACACUGUCAUUGUUGGCUUCAAUUUUGGAUUACUGUUAGGAAUGGCAAGUGCGUUAGAGACGCUGUGCGGACAAGCGUUCGGAGCCAAAAGAUACCACAUGUUAGGUGUAUACAUGCAAAGAUCAUGGAUUGUCCUAUUCUUGUGUUGCUUCUUGCUUUUGCCAUUUUACGUUUUUGCCACUCCGAUUCUGAAGCUAUUGGGACAGUCAGAUGAGGUGGCAGAGGAGUCAGGCGUUGUGGCUAUGUGGUUGAUACCUCUUCACUUCAGCUUUGCAUUUCAGUUUCCCCUACAGAGAUUCUUGCAGAGCCAGUUGAAGACACAAGUGAUUGCUUGGGUUUCUUUGGUGGGUUUGGUGAUCAAUGUCUUCACGAGUUGGUUGUUUGUGUAUAAGUUUGAUUUUGGGGUUGUGGGUGCGGCUGUUGCAUUGGAUGUCUCUUGGUGGGCUUUGGUUUUUGGGAUGUUGUGGUAUACUGUGGGUGGUUGGUGUCCUUUGACUUGGACUGGCUUUUCUAUGCAAGCAUUUUCUGGUCUCUGGGAGUUUCUCAAACUCUCUGCUGCUUCUGGCGUCAUGCUUUGCUUGGAGAAUUGGUACUAUCGAAUACUAAUUUUGAUGACUGGUAAUUUAAAGAAUGCCAUGAUUGCCGUAGAUGCCUUGUCAAUCUGCAAUACCAUAAAUGGCUGGGAGAUGAUGAUUCCUCUGGCCUUUUUUGCUGGUGUAGGAGUAAGAGUGGCAAAUGAGUUGGGAGCUGGAAAUGGCAAAGCAGCGAAGUUCGCGACAAAAGUGGCGGUGGCGCAAUCUACAGUGAUCGGACUUAUUUUUUGUGUACUUAUCAUGAUAUUCCGCAAGGAGUUCGCGUUGAUAUUCACCACCAGUACCGAUGUGCUUGAUGAGGUUGAUAAACUGGCCUUCCUCUUGGCCAUCACAAUUCUUCUUAAUAGUGUACAACCAGUUUUAUCAGGAGUGGCUGUGGGGUCUGGAUGGCAAGCUACGGUGGCCUACAUAAACAUUGGUUGUUAUUACGUUAUUGGGCUUCCCCUUGGGUUUCUGAUGGGCUGGGUCUUCCACUUGAGUGUUGAGGGGAUAUGGGGAGGAAUGAUAUUUGGUGGGACAGCUCUUCAGACAGUAAUAUUGGUGUUUAUUACAAUACGAUGUGAUUGGGAAAAAGAGGCUGAAAAGGUCCGGCAGCGAGUGAAAACAUGGUCGAGUCCUAAGUCAGCUGAUGAUGAUGAAUCUGAUGUUAAGCGUUGAUUCAAUUUUCAAUGAAACAACUAUCAUAAUGCAGCACCCUCAGGUCUGGCCGGGACCUAUUUUUUUUGUUGGAAUAUUGUAUGGAUUUUGGAUUAUACAAUUCGAUUUUGCAAUGAUUUUAGUCUCAGAAUA